GAGGUUAAAUUUUAUUAAAAAACGCUUUGUUCUCGUAGUAAAAUAGGAAGAUCAGUAGACAGCACGCAAAUCAAGAAAGUAUGUGGGUGGAGCUUCUAUGUGGUCUAGUAAUAUACAAGAUCAUUACUCGUUUCUUCUCCGAAGACGAUGAUGAUAUUGCUGUCGGAUCCUCCGACUCAACCGCCCUCUUCACUGUCGCCGACAGGCUUGAGAAGCUAUAUGGGGGGAAGGCUUAUGUUGGCCUUAGAAUUCCUGAUGCCGAUACGGGUACUCAGAAGAAUGUCGAUAUAGUUCUUGUUACUAAGAGGGAGGCGGUUGUGGUUUCGGUUAAGAGAUUUGGAGGGUUUGUUUCUAUUAAUGCGGAUGGGAGUUGGGUUUGUGUUGGUGGGAGUAAGCACAAAGAGGAACGUCAUCCUGACCCUAUAGCAGAGACAAAACAACAGAUUGCAAUUCUUGAAUCAUAUCUUGAACAAAGAGGAGUUUCUGUUCCAGAAGGUUACUUCUCUUGCAGGGUUGUGUGUCCCAACCCGAAAUUCAGUACCCUUCUAUCGAAUUUCCCGCCAGAGGUCAUCACAUAUGAGCAGUGGAUACAAAUGAAAAAGGAGUCAAAGAGCAUGUUUUCUGGAUGGAUGAAGGGUGCCUUCAAUGGUGGGAAAAAAGAAAUACAGGAGCAACUGCAGCAGAAGCUCAAUUUCAUCCUCAGUACGGCUCCUAUGUGGGACAGGUUGGAGCUCAAAGGGAAAUAUUUCCUGGGAGAAUUUCUUGACUUUAAAGGAAAGCAGGAGGAUAUCCAGGCCCUGAGAAAUAUCAAGAGAUCUAAAGUUAAUCGUUUGAUUGUCCAAAAGACCAGCAUGUUUGGUCUUGCUCAUUCGACGCUUCAAGUCCUCUAUUCUCCCCGAGACUAUCGAACAGAGGGAGCAUCGGGUUCUGAUUGGAAAGAAGCAACAGUUAGGUCAAGUACUGAGGUAUUAUUUCAGCCUCAAAAUUCAUCAAAAGUUCGAAAAAUCAAACUAUCUUCAAUCAUUUCCAUGUCUUUGAGUGCCUGAAAUUCAGCUGAGCUAUGUCGUUUGAUCUCGCAGAAUGUAAUUAGUAGUCUAUUAUUGCAUUUUCUAUUAAAUUUUCAGGCAUACGCUGCCUUAUAAACUGUUUGUAUAUGUAUAUGGUUGGGUUGGUGUUUAAGAUGAGCUUGUAAUGAUACAAUCCCUUUAAGGUAAAAAAAAUUUCAUUUCAUUUUUA